AUGGAUGCAGACUCAUACAGAUAUCGACCACCGCGGCCAAACUAUCUGCCUCGCGACGUCGAGGUCGACAAACCAAUUGUUGAGGACUACGUGGACCCUUUAGAUGUCGUCAGCGACGCCGACAAUGCUGCCUUCUAUAACAAAAUCAAGAGGGUGGCAGAGGCCUACAACAUAACCAGGCCCAAGGGGCAUAAUGUCUCCUUCCACGUGAACCCCGAAAUGGAGAAGCACCAUUUCGGCCAGACGCAUCCGAUGAAGCCCUGGCGUCUUACCCUAUCAAAAGCUCUCAUCUCGUCGUAUGGCAUGAAUUUUGCCAUGGAUAACUACGUUUCCCGAGCGGCAACAUACGAUGAGCUCACAAUGUUCCAUGCCAGCGACUACAUUCAAUUCCUGGGAACGGUGUUACCAGAGCCGAUACCUAGGGAUGUCGAUAAUCCAUAUCCGGACCUCAAGUUUAACCUUGGAGGAUCCGACUGCCCCUUAUUCGAGGGUCUUUAUGACUAUUGCUCCAUGUCUGCCGGCGGAUCAUUGGACGCCGCCCGGAAGAUCUGCAAUAAUCAGUCGGAUAUCGCCAUCGCCUGGGGCGGUGGACUACAUCACGCCAAACGAUCCGAGGCUUCGGGGUUCUGCUACAUCAAUGAUAUUGUCAUUGCAAUCUUGCAGCUUCUUCGAUGUCAUUCUCGAGUUCUGUACAUCGAUAUCGAUGUCCACCACGGCGAUGGCGUCGAGGAAGCCUUUUAUUCUACCGACCGCGUUAUGACUGUCUCUUUCCACAAGUACGACCCUGUCAACUUCUUUCCCGGGACAGGUCCACUGGAUGAAAAUGGACCCAAGAACGAGCUCAACCCUGGCGCGCAUCAUGCCAUCAACGUUCCGCUCAACGACGGCAUCACCGACGACCAGUACUCGGCACUGUUCGAAAACGUCAUUGGGCAAUGUGUCGCCAAGUUCCGUCCAACCGCGAUUGCUCUCCAGUGCGGCGCCGACUCCCUUGCCGGAGAUCGUCUGGGUCGUUUCAACCUGCAGGUGCAAGGCCAUGGCUCUUGCGUCGAGUUCUGCAAGAAGCUUGGGAUCCCCAUGAUCCUCUUUGGCGGGGGAGGCUAUACUCCCCGUAACGUUGCCCGUGCCUGGGCAUACGAGACGAGUAUUGCCAUUGAUUGUCACGACAAGAUCGACCCCGUCAUACCCCUUCACACGCCCUGGCGCGACAAAUUCCGCCAGGACACACUGCUGCCUACCCUACAGCAAGUCGUUGGUGAGCCUCGCCAGAAUCGGAACACGCAGAAACGACUUCAAGAGAUCGUUCAGCAUGUCACGGAGCAACUGCGAUUCGUCAACAACGCCCCCAGUGUACAGUAUUCGGUCAUACCGCCGGAUCUCCAGGGGCUUCGGGAGGAGGUCGAGGCACGAAUAAAGGAGGAGAUGGAGGAGAAGGAUGAAAGGUCCAGAAAGACGGCUGAGGAGGGUGUCGCUCAAGCAAUGGAGUUUUAA